AUGACAGUUUCAAAUGGCGUCAACGGUCACAAAAACACCGCCGGUCUUCUCAACUGGAGCUACUUCAAGAACGUCGUCAACGGAGAACUCGAGACCACCACCAACACACGACACAGCAUCAACCCGGCCACAGGAGAGCCGGGCCCAGAGGUACCGGUGGCGACGUUGGACGAUGUCGAACGGACCUUGAACGCGGCCAAGGCGGCCUCUGAAAAGUGGUCCGAAGUUCCCUACUCGGAGCGACAGAAUGCCAUGCUCGCGUACGCCGACGCGCUGGAAGUCGAGAAGGAGAAUUUCUCGCAGAUCUUGACCCAAGAGCAAGGCAAGCCGUUGGUCUUCGCCCGACUCGAGGUCGACCUCGCUAUUCAUUGGAUGCGGACCAUCGCCAAACUCGAGCUGCCCGAGGAGAGAGUGGUCGAAGACGACAAAGAGAUCAUCGUCAGAUUCACGCCACUCGGUGUGACCGUGGGCAUCGUCCCCUGGAACUACCCGAUCCUCCUCGCCGCGGGCAAGAUCGCACCGUCGGUGAUGGCGGGCUGCCCCAUCGUCGUCAAGCCGUCGCCUUUCACUCCCGCCGGAGACUUGAAACUCGUCGAACUCGCGCAGCCCUUCUUCCCUCCCGGAGUGGUGCAGGUCUUGUCGGGAGACGACAGCCUGGGUCCCAUCCUCACGGAGCAUCCAAUCCCCGCCAAGAUCAGCUUUACGGGCUCGACGUUCACCGGCAAGAAGGUGAUGGAGUCGGCCAGUAAGACAUUGAAACGAGUGACUCUAGAACUUGGUGGCAAUGAUCCGGCGAUUGUCACUGACGAUGUCGACAUUGCUGCUGUUGCUGCCAAGGUUGCUGGGUUGGCAUUUCUAAACUCGGGCCAGAUCUGUCUGGCUCUGAAACGCAUUUUUGUCCAAGAAUCCAUUGCCGAUAAGUUCCUCGAGGCGAUGGUGGAAGCGACGAAAACCCUCAAGGUUGGCCCAGGUACCGAGCCAGACGUCUACCUGGGUCCCAUCCAGAACCAGAUGCAAUUCGAGAAAGUCAAGACCUUGUUCGCAGACAUUCAGACCGAAAAGUGGAAGGUCGCUGUGGGUGGCAGUGGCAAGGGUCCCGAGGGCAAAGGGUACUUCAUCACUCCCACCAUCAUCGACCGUCCACAGUUGGAUUCGAGGAUCGUCAAAGACGAGCCAUUCGGGCCGAUUGUUCCAUUCCUCACCUUCAAGGACGACGAAGAGGCUAUUCGGUUGGCAAACGAUACGCAGAUGGGCUUGGGUGCUUCGGUCUGGUCCAAUGACGUUGAGCGCGCCAACAGAAUUGCGCGGAAACUGCAUGCCGGGAACGUCUGGGUCAACACUCAUUUCGAGCUCGACCCGCGAUUUCCAUUCGGCGGGCACAAGGAGAGUGGCAUUGGCACUGAAUGGGGUGUGGACGGCUUGAAAUCCUUCUGCAACUCUCAAACUCUCUAUCUCAAGAAGGUUCCGGCUUAG